GAGUAAGUACCUGCCCUGGGACAGGCUCUUCCUGUCACAUUGUUUCGACUGUGUUUUUCAGACUACAAGUUUUGAAACUUGCUGAGCUGAGGAGCAGCAAAAAAAGAGAAGAAAAACUCUGUCUGGGUUGGAAGGGCAUCUUGGAAGUCUUCCUAGAAGAGAAAGGGGGCGAUGGUGCAUCAGGACUUAGCGCGGAGAAUACUGGCGGGGACGUGAGCCGCUCAGAACGGUGCCGGCGCGCUCCCGCCUGGCUCCUCGCGGCUCGCCUCGGCGGCGCUGGGACCCCGGGACAGCAGCUGGUGACAUGUAGACGCCCCCUCCGCGGUGCAGCCUCGGCACCUGGGCACCCCUCGGCGCUUAAAGUUUGGGGCUGGGCGCCAUGGCCAAGAGCAGCUCCCUGAAUGUCCGCGUGGUGGAGGGUCGGGCGCUGCCCGCCAAGGACGUCUAGGAACUCCCUGUGUGGGCCUUCCCUGGAUGCUGAGCUGCUUGGAGAGCCACCCCACCUCCACCGUAGCACCCUCCCCAGCCAGGGCAUCAGCUGUGUGACCUUGAACCUGGUCCUCUUGGGUCUCAAAUUCCUGCCUGGACAAUGGGAGCUCUGGACAGGAGCCACCCAGCCCCCAGCCGCUAUGGAGAUGGAGACCCUGUUAGGAUUUACCCCAUGGCCAAGUUCCUCCAGCCCACCCAAGAGAUGUGUGUUAACAUUAGAGAGAGGGAAAGCUGGCACCCACAGACAGAGAGGAGGAGCCUUACCGGGUUCGGCAGCUAGCAGGUCUGGGAGCAGUGACCCCUACUGCAUCGUGAAGGUGGAUGACGAGGUGGUGGCCAGGACAGCAACUGUCUGGCGGAGCCUGAGCCCCUUCUGGGGGGAGGAGUAUACCGUACACCUGCCCCUGGAUUUCCAUCAUUUGGCCUUCUAUGUUCUGGACGAAGAUACAGUGGGGCACGACGACAUCAUUGGCAAGAUCUCGCUGAGCAGGGAAACAAUCACAGCCGACCCCCGAGGAAUUGAUAGCUGGAUCAACCUGAGCCGUGUCGACCCAGAUGCAGAGGUGCAGGGUGAGAUCUGCUUGGAUGUGCAGAUGCUGGAGGACACACGGGGCCGUUGUCUUCGCUGUCACGUGCUCCAGGCCAGGGACCUGGCCCCCCGAGACAUCACCGGCACAUCUGACCCAUUCGCUCGUGUGUUCUGGGGCAGCCAGAGCCUGGAGACUUCAACUAUCAAGAAGACCCGUUUCCCACACUGGGAUGAAGUGCUGGAGCUGCGGGAGAUGCCAGGUGCCCCAGCCCCGCUGCGGGUGGAGCUCUGGGACUGGGACAUGGUGGGCAAGAAUGACUUCUUAGGCAUGGUGGAAUUCCCCCCGCAGGUCCUGCAGCAGAACGCACCCAGUGGUUGGUUCCGUCUCCUACCCUUUCCCAGAGCCGAGGAGGAUUCUGGGGGAACCCUGGGUGCCCUGCGGCUGAAGGUGCGCCUCAGCGAGGACCGAAUCCUGCCCUCUGGGUAUUACCAGCCGCUCACGGAGCUGCUCAUGGCGUCUGUGCUGGAGCCAGCAGAGGAGGAUGCUGCUAGUCCGCUGGCUGUGCUGGAGGAGCUGACCUUGGGGGACUGCCGCCAGGACCUUGCCACCAAGCUGGUGAAGCUCUUUCUUGGCAAAGGCCUGGCUGGACCCUUUCUGGACUAUCUCACCCGGCGUGAGGUUAUGCGGACCACUGACCCCAACACCCUCUUCCGUUCUAACUCCCUGGCAUCCAAGGCAAUGGAACAGUUUAUGAAGCUCGUGGGCAUGCCUUACCUGCACGAGGUCCUGAAGCCGGUGAUUACCCGCGUCUUCGAGGAAAAGAAGUACAUGGAGCUGGACCCGUGCAAGAUGGACCUGGGCCGCACCAGGAGAAUCUCCUUCAAGGGCACGCCCUCCGAGGAGCACGUGCGGGACGCCAGCCUGGGGCUGCUGACGGGCUACCUGGGGCCCAUCGUGGACGCCAUCGUGGGCUCUGUGGGGCGCUGCCCACCUGCCAUGCGCCUUGCUUUCAAGCAGCUGCACCAGUGCGUGGAGAAGCGUUUCCCCCAGGCGGAGCACGAGGAUGUGAAGUACCUGGCCAUAAGUGGCUUUCUCUUCCUGCGAUUCUUUGCACCUGCCAUCCUCACCCCGAAGCUGUUUGACCUCCGGGACCAGCACGCGGAUCCCCAGACCAGUCGCUCACUGCUACUCCUCGCCAAGGCUGUGCAAAGCAUUGGAAACCUGGGCCAGCAACUGGGCCAGGGCAAGGAGCUGUGGAUGGCCCCCCUCCACCCUUUCCUGCUGCAGAGUAUCUCACGUGUGAGACACUUCCUGGACCAGCUGGUGGAUGUGGAUGGGGAGGAGGAGGCUGGGAGCCCAGCCAGGGCCCUGGUGGCCCCCUCGGUGAUUGUUCGGGAAGGUUACCUGCUGAAGCGCAAGGAGGAGCCCGCCGGCCUGGCCACACGCUUUGCCUUCAAGAAGCGUUACUUCUGGCUCAGCGGGGAGACCCUCUCCUACUCCAAGAAUCCUGAGUGGCAGAUGCGCUCCUCCAUCCCGGUGUCGCACAUCCGCGCCGUGGAGCGCGUGGACGAGGGCGCCUUCCAGCUGCCGCACGUGAUGCAGGUGGUAACGCAGGCCGGUGCGGGGGCGCCGCACACCACCUACCUCCAGUGCAAGAAUGUGAACGAGCUCAACCAGUGGCUGUCGGCCCUGCGGAAGGCCAGCGCCCCCAACCCCGACAAGCUGGCCGCCUGCCACCCCGGUGCCUUCCGCAGCUCGCGCUGGACCUGCUGCCUCCGGGCUGAGCGCUCAGCUGCUGGUUGCAGCCGCACACACUCGGCCGUCACCCUGGGGGACUGGAGUGACCCACUGGAUCCCGACGCUGAGAUCCAGAUGGUGUAUCGGCAGCUGCUCCUGGGACGGGACCAGCUCAGGAUAAAAUUCCAGGAAGAUCCCAGCAUAGAUUCAAGUCCAGAGGCAGACACUGAGAAGGGCUCCAGGGCCAUGGAAGGGGCCUGCCCUGAUGCCCUGGCCCAGCAGAGAGCGGCAGCUGCCCGCCUGCUGGAGGUGCUUGCAGAUCUGGACCGAGCCCACGAGGAGUUCCAGCAGCGGGAACAGCAGAAGGUGGCCCUGGGCCCCCUUGGGCACUGAGGAAAUGCCAGAACCAGCCCGGAAGGAGGAGGAAGGAGCCAGCGGGUCCUUCUCAGCGCACCCUGGCCCCUUGAGGCUGUCCUGUACCUCGUUGACACUGUAGCUUGGAGGCUUCCAGAGAUCUCCUAGUCUCAGUGCCCUAAGUCCAGAGCCCUUACAUGGAAGCCCUCUGGCAGGGAGCUGGCCUCGUACUGAAUGAAUCUCAGUUUCUGGGCUGAGGCAGAUGGGAGUGGGUGGGAUAAGGAGCUUGACUCAUUUGGCUCACCAGAAGCUUUCUGCUAUAUCAGACUGGGCUCUUCCCACACCAACCAGGCCAGCCCGUUCCUGAGCUGCUGGAUACAACUGUACCUGAAUCCCUGACACCUAUGUGGCCUGGUUGCCCCAGUCAGGCACUAAAGAGGCUCAGCCCUUCCUGUU